UGAUUGUCUCACCCGGAAGCCCGCGCAGCGGACGUCGGUUGCUUUGCUGCAGCCGCAGUCGGACUGACGGUGGCGAUGGCGGCGGCGGCGGACCCGCGGUACCCCCGAUCCUCCAUCGAGGAUGACUUCAACUACGGCAGCAACGUGGCCUCGGCCAGUGUCCACAUCCGCAUGGCUUUUCUACGAAAAGUCUACAGUAUUCUUUCAAUUCAAGUUUUUUUGACCACAGUGACGUCUGCAAUUUUUCUGUACUCUACUCCAGUUCAGACAUUUGUGCAUGAAAGCCCUGCUUUGCUUUUGGUAUCUGUGCUUGGAUCUUUGGUUAUGAUUUUAGCACUAACCCUGUAUAGACAUCAGCAUCCUGUUAAUUUAUACCUACUCUUUGGAUUUACCCUUUUGGAAGCGUUGACUGUUGCUAUUACAGUGACUUUCUAUGAUGUAUCAGUCGUCUUACAAGCUUUUAUUCUGACUACUGCUGUGUUUCUUGGGCUGACUGUGUAUACUUUGCAGUCCAAGAGAGAUUUCAGCAAAUUUGGAGCAGGGCUGUUUGCUUGCUUGUGGAUUUUCAUCCUCUCCAGUCUCUUGAGGCUGUUUUUCUAUAGUGAGACAAUAGAGCUGUUGUUUGCUGCUGCAGGAGCGCUGCUGUUCUGCGGAUUUAUCAUCUAUGACACUCAUUUGCUGAUGCACAGACUGUCCCCUGAAGAGUAUAUAUUGGCUGCCAUUAAUCUCUACUUAGAUAUUAUCAAUCUGUUCCUGCAUCUGCUGCGCCUUCUAGAAGCAUUCAAUAAAAAAUAAUUGUAGGCGAUCUGUAGUGAAACUCUUCCUUAAAUAGUGAAAUUUGGUGUAUAGAGGGUUGUAUCUAAAUAGGGUUGGUUUUGAUUAUAUACAAACUGCAGUAUAUUUUGAGACUGAAUCUUCCUGUUUUUCCAUUCCAUGGUUACUGAAUCUUUUUCUUAGAAAUGGAAGAAUUAUAUGUAACUGAUGAGUUUCUGCUCAAAAUAUAUAUUUUACUUUAAUUGCACGCUGCAGCCAUUUCAGUUACUUCCGUAAAGGCUUUAUUUGUGACCAAGGUAGCUUUUGAUGAAAAUGCUUCUCAACUUCUGAUAGCCCUAACAUGAACAGUCAGAAAAUCCCAUCAUUUUAUUUCUGCUAUCCUAUAAUUGUUGUGGAUGGUUCCUUUGGAAUCAUAAGUCUGUCUGGAUAGUAUAAAAUCAAGUCUCUUCAUUUUGUUAGCGUGUAGUGAUAUUUUACAUACGCUAAAACUUUGUCAUUCUAAAAAUGUAUAUUAGUGGGCUCUUGAUUUGAAAGACUUGGAAUUAUUAAUUAGUAAAACGUAACUACACUUCCUUUGAAAGAUUUUAAUUUACUCUGGUUUAGAGCUAUGAGAUGAUUUUAUUACCAAGGACAAGUAUUUUGGAAUGCCAGUAAGGGGAGCCAAAGUGAAAGUUGUUUUUAGCAAUAAAGAACUGGGAUAGUUUAAGAGCAGGUAUGCAUUUGGCUUGCUGACAUGUUGGUCAAGGAGGACUGUAAAUGAAUGUUCUACCUGCUCUUAUAUUUGAGCUGUAUUAAGAAACACAAUAAAAUUUUAAAUGUUCAGUAACAAGGUC